AAUUUAUUGAUUACUGUCACGUCCCAUCCUUUUUGAUGUUUAUGGGCUCGGUUUAGAUACCCGGAUAUCUUACCGGUAUAGUCCGGUUAUGGGACCUCAACGAAAACUGAGACAUAUGAACGGCGAUCCCUCCAAAGUUAUCACCUACCUUCUCCAAUCUCUUUUCGAUUUCGAAUUUUCCAUCUUUCGAUUCUCAGUAGUUUCGUCUCAAUUUCAUAAUUCCAUUGUAGCCGAUAAUGAAUUCCGCUUUAGAUUUUGCUUUUCCGGCUACAUUUCCGGUUAAAUCGAGUUCUGUUGGCGGACAUCGGAUUGCUUCCCCUGGAUUCAGUUCCCGCUUAAGAUUGUGCUCUCUUCCUCCUUCUUCAUCUAUCAAGGCUGAGUCAUGUUUAAAAAGAGACGUGCACAGGCAAAGAAGCAGUCUUGAGUCAAUGUUCUGUUAUGAUAAACCAAUACCAGAGGAAAUAAUCGAGGAGCCAGUUGGAUUAUCCAUGUCAGAGAGAGAGAUUGGUGAUAAUCAGCGUUGCACUUGUUGUGAAGCUAAAGGUGCAUUGCUUUGUUCCACUUGUUCUGGAACUGGUCUAUAUGUAGAUUCCAUUAUGGAGAGUCAAGGCAUCAUUGUUAAAGUCCGUUGCUUAGGUUGUGGUGGAAGUGGUAAUAUUAUGUGCAAACUUUGUGGUGGGCGUGGUCACGUAGGACACUGAUGACUCCGUGUUUCACUUGUUUGCACUCAUGGUUCUGUUUUACCUAUUCGCCACUUUUUCUAGCUCUGAUCUUAUUGUAAAAGCCUACUUUUUUGAGUUCCAUACAUAGAUUUGUGUUCUUGUACUGAUGUAAUCUCUAGCUAAACUAUGCACAAUCUUGUCCCAGACUAUUCAUUUUCUGUUGUUAUAUAAAAUGGUUUCCUAAGUGGCUGUGACUAAACCAUGA